AUGGCGCCCUGGGAUAACUUUGACCAGGUGUUCUCCUUCAACAAGAAGUAUACCUAUGAGCCUAAAGCUGUUGAACAGAUCCUUGCCAAUCGGCGUGCCUUCGAAAACCAACUCUUCGCCGACCGACUGCUUAGACUGCUUGGUAUCCAAGGAGUGACCAAGCUCUACCCGCCCAAGAGCAAUGCAGACCUCCGCGAACUCUUCAAUCAAAUUGUCUCUUCCGAACUGGACAUCGAACACAAACAAUCUCUAGUGUACUAUGUCCUCAAAGACUGUCGCACAGCACCAGAAGCUCCAGCUCAGUUUGCGCAACGAUGCCACCUACCCGAGAAAUAUCGACUCUUCAUUGAAGGCCUUUGGCACCUUGACCGGCUUGAUUUCCGACGAGCACUUGAGUGCCUCACAGAACCGUCCCUUAUUCCUACCUUCCCGGAUGAGAUUCUCUACGCUCUGACUCUCACUAAGCUUCCCCGACACGACGACAGCCUCGCAAUCGCAUAUUAUCUUACUGUGGCUCCCCCUCUCGCCAGCGAAAAGGUUCGCAAGGCUUUCUUUGAAACUCUCAGUCGGUCCAAUAUCACAGAGGCGUUCUACUUCACGCGCAAGUACGAUGACGCCCACCGUCAGAGCUUCUUUGAGCAGCUAGUGGAAUUUGUUCACAAGGCCAGUCCUGGUCAGACCAGAAGCCGGCGCGCAAUGGAACUGGUUGGACUGCCGCUAGAUGAGGAUGAGGAAGCAUGGUUCGAGUCAGUAUUGCUACAUGGCAAUGCAAGCACACUCCCUGGGGCCAAGGAUACUGUCAUGAUGCGACGUCUCGCAACUGGCCAACUUUCCAAUGCUUCCCCCGAUCUUGAAUCCUUGAGUGGGAAGAAAGUGGAUGGUUUGAACUGGGAUAACCUUCGAGGAAGCAUAAGACACCUGUAG